AUGGCACGUGGUGACCGGCCGGGCCAGCCGGCCGACCUGUGGUCUUCGGGUCGAGACGAGCCCCUGGCGACGGCGGUGGGGUCCUCGCACCGCUCGCCGCCCUCGCACGGCUCCGACGAGGUGGUCGGUGCCCCCGCGCACCAGGCGGGCGUCGGCGAGCCGGACCGCGCGGUCCAGUGCGCCGCCGAGCGCGAGCACGAGCACUCCGAGGGCCACCACGGCGUGACGGUGGCCAGCAUCAGGUGGAACUUCGUCAGCGUGCCCUUCGUCUUCACUGUCUUCAUCAUACUCGCCGGCUUCACCAAGAUCGUUUUUCACCACGCCAACUUCCUCUCUUCCAUUGUGCCGGAGUCAUGUAUGCUGAUUCUCCUGGGUACAAUGGUCGGUGGAAUCGCACACUUCACACGCUCGGACUACGUGCCGAACUUCUCGCCGGACUUGUUUUUCCUCUUCCUGCUUCCUCCGUGA